AUGGACGAGGCCUUCUCCGAAAUUGAAAUCACUCCAGCGGUGUCUGAGAACUCGAAGCAUGCCCAGUGGAUGAAAGCGGCCCUUGAUAUGGGAGAGAAAGCUCUAGAGCACGGCGAGACUCCUGUGGGAUGUGUCCUGGUCCACAAUGACAAGAUCGUGGGCCGAGGCAUGAAUGAUACCAAUCGCUCAAUGAAUAACUCUUUGAAGCGCCGCACCUCGACUUCCUGGAAACCCCCUCAUGCUAAGAUUUCAUGGCAGGGUACCCGUCACGCCGAGUUCCUGGCUAUUGCGGAAUUUCUACAGAGCUUCCCCAAAUCCGCGCUCCAGUCGACUGAUCUUUACGUAACUGUCGAACCCUGCAUCAUGUGUGCAUCGGCGCUGAGGCAGUAUCGUAUCCGAAGCGUAUACUUUGGUUGUGCCAACGAUCGAUUCGGAGGCACGGGGGGUGUCCUGACAAUUCAUGCCGAUCGUUCGAUAGAUUCCGCCUACCCCGUGUAUGGUGGAUUAUUCCAGAAGGAAGCCAUCAUGCUUCUCCGUCGGUUCUACAUUCAAGAGAACACCAAAGCACCCGUCCCUCGGGCAAAGAAGCACCGCGAACUGAACACUGCCUUUGAUCAAGUACGCGAAAUCACGGCUACCAAUGGGGUCGAAGUACUGCCCAGCUCCCAGUGA